CUCUUCUCCGAUCGAUCUCCUUCAAAAUUUCAACUUCAAAUUCCCUCUCUGAGAUUUCAAAAUCCGCCAUGGACAAAACACAAUUGAUCUUGUUAGGACUACCGAUUUUCCUGCUUUGUUCCGAUCUCUUCAAUCUCUUCACGCCUCCACCGCCGAAAUCUCAGCACCAAUCACCACCGUCUAUCUCAGAAACCCUAGAUUUCCCCGCACAGAAGUCAACUGGUGUUGGAUAUGGAAACACCGUAGAGAUCAACUUCUGCAUCUCCUGCUCGUACAAGGGAACUGCUGUAUCAAUGAAGAAGAUGUUAGAGAGUGUUUUUCCUGGAUUAGAUGUAGUUCUUGCUAAUUACCCUGCACCAGCACCAAAACGUAUUCUUGCUAAGGUUGUGCCAGUUGCUCAGGUGGGUGUUAUUGGUCUCAUUAUGGGAGGUGAACAGAUAUUUCCCAUGAUUGGAAUUGCGCAGCCUCCUGCUUGGUAUCACUCUUUGAGAGCGAAUAGAUUCGGGUCCAUGGCUUCCACUUGGCUUCUUGGUAACUUCUUGCAGUCUUUUUUGCAAAGUUCUGGUGCUUUUGAAGUUAGCUGCAAUGGAGAAUUGGUGUUUUCUAAAUUGAAAGAAGGGAGAUUUCCGGGGGAGAUUGAGUUGAGAGAUCUCAUCAGUGGAACUAUGACGAAACCAUUCGUCACAGGCAGCUAUUGAUGUAGACUCUAGUCUAGAAGGUUCUGAAAUCCUUACUGGCUUACGAUCAUAGACAACAAUAUAGUGUUUAUGUUAAAAGCUAAUGUGCCAGAACGUUCAUGUUUUGUCUUUAACACCAACAUCAUGUGUUAAUAUACUCAAGUUGUGUGGUUGAUACAUAGCUCACAUUGUUUCUUAAGGUUUUGCUUUGAUACUCAGAUGAAUAAUAUACAGAGUAUAGGAAAUGGAGAAUUCAGCUCAGU